AUGUCUUCGGUUAAUAAGGCAAACACGAUGGUUAGCCCAACUGGCAUCUCAGACCAUUCAAACACCACAGCAGAGGGGAAGAGAAAGGCCAAGAAGCGGGUUCGAGCUUUCACCUCGGAGGAUCGCGCUUCUCAUCGGGCCAUUGAAAAGCAAAGGCGCGAGGCGCUUAAUCAAAGUUUCCUGGACCUGGCGCGCCUGCUUCCAUCUCUAGCCCAUGCCCGCCGCCUUUCCAAGUCUGUUAUUGUCAACGAAAGCAUUUCCUACCUGAAGACGCAGCGGGAGAUACGCCUUGCCGCUGCCAGCGAAGUGAGUAAACUCCUCGCGGAUUACGAUUUGCUUCGCAGAGCACUCAACAACCGGGUGCCCGACAAUUCUGCAGCAGACAUGCUGCAAAUACCACCUCGGCCAGUGAGCGAUGCGCUCAUGAAUCUUCUGGGGGUAGAGCAGGAAGAAUUUGGCACCUUCCCUGGAGGAUUUGGUGACAAUGGCCCAGGUGACGAGGCCGAGGACCAGCAGGCUGGAGAAAGCGAUCAUCCCGCUGGUCAGGGAAAUAACGAAUUCACUGAUUUAUCAAAUUCGCCGUUGAAUACCUCAUUGCCGGGGACAAGUUCUCUAAUAACCUCUGCGGCCUCGGCGCCCGAUUUCUUGGCCAUACAACCACCCCUUAAUAUGUUAGCGCCUAAUGCCGCCUACGAGACUAAUCCACAAGGCGAUCUGGACCCUUCUAACCCGUUAGCUAUUGGUAGCUCUUCCUUGUUUGGAAAUCUAGCGGCGGCGAAUGGGAAUAUUCCGGACCAAUUUCUCUCUGCAAAUGGAUGGCCCCCGAAUAUCUAUUCUGAGCCAGCAUUUCACAGUAAUUGCGAUCCAACUCAAUCAUUUUUCAGCAAUGACAUCCUCUCAUCACAGUUCCGCGAGCAACCCCCCAUGGCCGAAAAUACUAGUUAUGGUUUUGCACCAUAG